AGCACCACGAAAGAAUACGGCUGAAUAUACCAUACUUGACGCAAAUAUGAAAGCGUCAGAGAAGGACAAUGUUAUAUUGAUGGAGGGAGAUAUUGUGAUACCAAAUAAUAAAAAGACGAAUGGAGGAGUUAGAGCAUUGGCCAUAGAUAGUGUAUAUGCACAGAACGCACCUAAACCAACAGCUUGGAGACUUAAAAAAAUUCCAUAUAUGAUUAAAGUCAGUGAUUAUGCGGAAGAUCAAAUUACACUCAUUCGAAACGUCAUCAAUAAUCACCUUAAUAGCUUUUCCUGCCUAAAAUUCGAAGAGCAUCCAUAUAAUCCAGCAAAAACAGACAUCGUGGAAAUAUUCAGUGGAGCAGGAUGUUAUUCGUUUGUCGGAUUUUCAAUGAACACACCACGAAAAGUAUCACUCGACAAAUCAGCGUGCAUGGUAACUGCCAUGAUUCAACAUGAACUUCUACACGCAGCCGGUUUUUAUCAUGAAAUGAUGAGAGAAGACCGCGAUGAAUAUGUGCGGAUCAAUUGGGAGCAUGCCAUAUUUUCAACACCAAAAUUUAACUACGCUGUUUUUAAAGACACUAUUCUCAAUGAAUAUGAUUAUCAGUCUGUCAUGCAUUACUACAUAACAAACGGUAUGGACAAUCAUUAUUCAAUGCUUCCAGUACAAAAGAAAGAACCGUUAGGAAGUCAUAGAGCAAGCGCUUUGGAUAAAAUUGGACUAAAUAUGGUGUAUCAUUGCAAAGGUAUUCUUAUUGUGCAUCAUGCGUAAGAUUCUGUUUCUGCAAACAUCAAUAUGAAAGUCCUUUUUCUUUCCUAAAUUUCUUUAAAUUCCGAAGUAAGUAAAUUCGCAUUUCUACUACUGAGAACGUAAAAGCUGGUUGCAGUCUUUAAAACCACUAUAUGCAGCUCUUUAUUUGCCCAAUCGAAAUGAGACUUAAGUUUUUGAUUUUUUUUUAAAUAGUUUUAUUUCUUUCAACAUCUUUACAAUCUUGGGGAACAUACAGGGAAAAAUGUAUUUUUUCAUUCUACGGUGUCCAACUUUUUUGAAUUACAAUUUUCAGCAAGAAAUAGGAACGCAAUUUUAAAUUACCUAGUUUUAUAGCCGCUCUACUCUCUUGUAAACUCCAGCCGCUGUACUCUCUUCCAAUAAUGCAAAAAUUAUUAAUUAGCUCUACAUAUACUGGAGAAAGAAAUUGUUUUUCCGAAAAAUCUUCUAGCAUCUAAGGGCCUUACCAUUUCAAUUGAGUUUUUCUUCUAAUGCAUCAUCAAGAUAAUAGUAGAGCAUUAAUUUUAACAUUUGAACCUUUUAUCGUAUUUAAGACGUCCUUGGGAAUACUUGCAAGAUACAUUCAACUGACUGUCUUUUAGAGGUACCUCCUUAGAGCAGGUCUGUUUUAGAACGAGCUAUUAAUGCCUGCUUAAUAGCGUUAACUGUAAUAGAUAGAAACUUCCAACUCGAUAUGUCGCUAACCUCAACAUGUGCGUAUUGAUAUCAUAGUGAUUGGUAUAGUAUAGAGUUUUCAAUAAGUUAACAGUGAGCGCCUGGUUAAGUUUAAAAUUUGCAGCAUUUUUGCAUUAGGCAAAUUCAAAUUAAGGAUACAGCAACC